UCUUAAGUAGACUAGAACAUGUGGCAAAUGAAUCGAGUCGUAUAUAUAUCGCCAACCAUUAUUCGGCAAAACAAAAAAAACCCAAAAAUGGCAGACCCAAAUCCCCCGCCGGAAAACGUUCCUCCACCGUCUUCAGCCAAGGCUGGAACCGAGACGAAAAAAUUCUUCUCGGGCGAAAAGGUCCACUUCCCGAACCCGCCCGACCCAACAAACCCGGACCCGGCUACUCUCCGGGAGCAAUGGAAAUACGCCAUCCGGCAGUACAGCAGAAUGUACUCCCACGCUUGGGGCACCGCCAUUCUCGCCGGAGCUUCCUUCUUUGCCCUCGGCUGGUUCAUCAAGGGCGGCAAUCCUCUCCCCUCUUUCGGCACCCACCACGAUCCUCCUCCUCCGCCGCCUCCGGCCGAAAAUACCGAUGAGCCUCGCCGCGCAUGAGUGUUUUACUGUUCUAGAUGCCAAGACCGUAGGGAGGGCAAGCUGUACGGGUUGUCAAGACUGAUCUUGCUGUUCACAAAGAAAAGAGGAAUGAGCUUUUUGUACAGAGCCUUGCAGUGUAAACAACAGUGUUUAUCUAUCAAUGUCACUUUAGAAUCCUGAAAAAUUUUCAUAGAUCUUAUGGCUGUGAUUGUAUAAUUUUGGUUGAAUCAUUUGAUACAAGUUCCAGCGAUAUAUAAGGGCACACUUGUUGUCUGUUUAACUUUC